AUGGGCACCAAAUACGGCCGGCGUUUACUGAUCACUACACUCGAGGAGAAAGCACGCUCUCAACCGGAGAGGGUCUUUUGUUUGCUUCCCCGGUCCUCUGAUUUGCAGGAUGGAUUCUACGAAGUGACUUAUAAACAAAUACAGACUGGUGUUGACUAUACGGCUCGGUGGCUUCAGAACAACUUCGGUCCAUUCUCUCCUAACGAGACGAUAGCUUACAUGGGACUCCCUGAUCUGAGAUACAAUAUAUUCUUCUACGCUGCAGUGAAGCUUCGCCUCAAGGUGUUUCUUCCAUCGCCCCGGAACGCCCCUACAACGAAUGCGUCCCUGUUCGAACAGACCCAAUGCACUAAGUUGUGCUAUUCGGCAGAUUCGCCAGGAAUUGUAGCUAGUGGCCAAGCAAUUCUGAAAGUCACCAAGGCAUUGCGCUCUUUAGAGUAUCUCUCGCUUGAUGAACUUUUGAACGCUCAGUGCGAAUCUGUGCCGUACUUGUACAACUUUGCUCAACUCCGACAUGAACCCAUCGUUAUCUUGCAUUCUUCUGGGUCAACAGGAAUGCCUAAACCAGUUACAAUGACUAAUGGGAGUCUCGCUGCUAUCGACAAUGACCGCAACUUUCCGACUGUCCCCGGCCGACGCAAUCAGGAUUUGACAACGUGGGACUUCCUUCCAGGCAGUCAUAUCUAUGUCCCAUUUCCGCCGUUUCAUAUGGGAGGCUUUACGUUUAACCUCAUGGUUCCCAUUUUCACUGAAACAGUAUCAAUCGUUGGGCCUGCAACGAGAUUACCAAGUGGUGGACUGGUGGCACAGGUUUUACGCUGCUUGAAUGUCUCGGGGUGCCUUCUACCCCCAAAUAUCGUGGCUGAUCUCUAUAACGAGACGGAUGGUCCGUCAUUGCUCAAAAAGCUAAGUUUACUCUGUUAUACUGGUGGUCCAUUGCCUGAGCAAAUUGGAAACGAGCUCACCCACCACAUUACAGUGUUUCAGUUCUAUGGUUGUACUGAGACCGGCCAAAUACGACAGCUUCUUCCACAAAAAGAAGACUGGCAUUACAUGGAGUUUCAUCCUUCAGAAAACAUUGAAUUACAAGCAGUCGGGGAUGGUACGUUUGAACUUGUUGUUCAUACCAACGACGAGACAGCGACGUUUUCACUACUCAACCACAACUUUCCCGGCGUUUGCGAGUAUCGAACCAAGGACUUGUUUCUUCCUCACCCCAAUAAGCCUGGUCUCUGGAAGUUCUAUUCUCGCAGAGACGAUAUUAUCGUUCUUCUUACAGGAGAGAAGUUCAAUCCGGUUCCACUAGAACUCGGACUUCAAGCCAUUACUGGUGUUUCUGGUGCCUUGAUUGCUGGCGAUGGCCAGGCACGGGUUGCCCUACUCAUCGAGCUGCAAUCGGAUCAUAAUUUUGGCCCCAAUCCAGAAGACGCCCUUUGGCCUAGCAUCCAACGCUUGAAUGCGAACACUGCUGGCCCAGGUCGAGUAUCCCGAUCGAUGAUACUUAUUGCCAAAAACGAUAAACCCUUCGUCCGGGCAGGGAAGGGCACCAUCGUGCGGAAGUUGACUUUGCAAGCGUAUGAAGAAGAGUUGAAGACUUUUUUCAAGGGAUCUCCCAAAAAGUCAAUGACACCGGUCUUGUUGAAGCCAACUGCAUUUCGUCUAGAAGAUGUGAAAGCUUUACUUCGUUCAAUCAUUGAGAACACCUUGGACGGCACGGCAGUUGAUGAGUCAUUGAACUUGUACACUCAAGGGUUAGAUUCAGUGAGGUCUAUUGAAACAGUCGCUCAACUAAAAGCAGCACUUGAAUCGCUGGAUUCCGGGAGGCCUUUGACUUGGAUAACACUUGAAUUAAUCUACAAUCACUCAUCUAUCAACGAGCUAGCCACCGUGCUGCUCAAUUGGUUGAACGAUGGUACCUAUCCUGAGAGCAUUGAUAGGGUGUCUAGAACGCAAGGUCUUCUCAGAUAUUACGAACAGGCUCUACCAAAAGGCUCUGGUGCCUUGCAAUCAGAGGAUACGAAUCCUGAAAGACAAUUGAAUGUCGUCCUCAUAGGCUCGACAGGCUACUUGGGUGAGUACAUGCUUCUAUCGCUUGCACAAGACCCAAAAGUUGGACGAAUUAUUUGCUUGAAUCAUAGCGCCACGGCAAAUGAGACAUGGGCAAACCACCCUUCUACAAAGCGAGUAUUCAAAACUGAGGAGUGGCGUGCAAAAAUCACAUUCCAUGGAGUUGAUUUUACACAGUCCAAGUUCGGGCUUGACGAUGAGAUAUAUCGUGACUUGAAGAAUGAAUGCGAUGUAAUUAUCCAUUCUGCAUGGCAGGUCAACUUUGUGCUUCCUAUCGGCUCCUUCAAGGAUAGUUUCAGUGGCCUUAUGAACACUAUUGAACUCGCAUCAGCUUCGACACGACGCGCACGUAUUCUCUACGUUUCGUCCGUGGCGGCAUCCGGAGUAUUUGCUUCAGAAUCGUCAAGUGAGGCAAAAUUGGUACCUGAAGAUAGAAUUACAGAUCCAAAUGAAGCCAUGCAAAAUGGAUACGGAGAGUCCAAAUAUGUGGCCGAGAACCUCGUCUGUAUUGCAAGCGUCAAGUCCGGUGUCUCUGCAAGUAUUCUACGAGUGGGGCAAAUUGCACCUCCAACGCCCGCCAUCGAUGAGGUUUUAUGGUCGGAGAAGGACGCGCUGACAGGAGUACUGCAUACCUCCAAAUCGUUACAGAUGGUGCCGUCGGACUUGAUAGAUAUUGAUUGGCUACCUGUAAAUGAGGUGGCCGAUAUUGUCAAUUCGCUGGUACAUCAAGACCGGUAUUCAAAGUACCAAGUCCAGUUCUACAAUCUGGUACAUCCCACGCCAACGCCAUGGUCCGAAGCUCUGCCAGUGAUACAGAGCUGGUGUGGCCAUUCUACCCGUGCUGCGUCCUUGAAAGACUGGAUUGCAGCUGUAAGGGCUCGAGAGCAGGAGGUACAAGACAUCUUGAAAGUCUUGCCAUCCAUCCCUCUGUUAAGCUUCUUUGAGUUGGUUUCUAGACGGGGCCCGGCGAACAAGUACUCUCAGCAAAACCUACUGGGCAUUGACCAUACCACUCAGAUCAAGUCCAUUGACACAAAUCAGUUAAAGAUCUGGCUUGAUGCACUGUCAUGA